CUUCUCCCCCCAUGGUCACGUCGACUUCUGGGAUCCUCAAGAUUUGCAUUGACGUUGAAUUCUGUUCAGACGCUCGCAUCCCGCACCCCCAACUGUCUGGAAAAGCUCAAGGGUCCUCCGAUGCAUAUGACUUUGGAGAUUUACCGUUUGCAUUUUUCGCACAUAAAGGGAGCAAGCCCCACCAGGAUGCCAAAGAUAUUGUCUUUUACCAUGACCCUGAAGAUACUGUCCCACUUUGCGCUCCAUCCUCUGCCCAGCCAACAUCAUCUACCACUCCCACAGGCUCAGAUGCCUUCUCUGUGUUACUGAAGGCUGGGUGCAAACCAGCACCACUUACUGCAGGCGCCUGCCGCUCCAUUUGCACCUCUAAGCCUUCUGCUCACCUCUGUGAUGCCGACAACACUUGUUCUCACCCAGUGUCCUCAACCAGCUCAACAGCCCGCAAACGUGCAUUAUCUAGUGCGACUGAGCAACUAGUUAUGAAAAAGGUCGCAUUGCAGCUCUCAGCUAGACUCGUAACCAUUCUGCCUACAUGUUGCACCUAUCAUCAACCAUCCGAACUUCUGGCAUGGACAGUUGACCACCGUGGCCUCAGUGAAGACAUCAAAGUUCUAGCUAUCCUGGAAAUACUUCGUGGCUUGCGGAUGACUGUCGCAGUUUUUGCGAGACAGAGCACAGAAAACUCAGUCACCCGUGAGAUCGAUGUGGAGAUGGAGGACACUAAGCCGAUUUUUCAUAUGUCUACAAAGGACAUCACCCUGGAGUACUUGCUCUCUUUCGACAUCGAGCAUGGAUUGACUGUCCCGUUGAAAGAGACAACUCCCUGGCUCCAUCAGAUCCUUAUGUCUGCUAUGCAGACAACACCUGGUGCUGAUACAGAUAAUGAUACUGAUCCUGAUGCUGGCCCAGUUGAGGAUGAAGAUGCACCCGAAGAUGACAAUGCCCUGACAGCUGAAGAUGAACCUGAUGACAAACCUGAAGACUCAAACAUCCGAGCCACUUUGUCAAAGAGGAUGCUGGUGAACUCGAAAGCAAGUACACCUUUCAGGGAGGAAUAUUGA